CCAAAUAAAAUAAAGAUAAUAAAAAAUUUUAAAAAGAUAAUAAAAAAUGAAAUCAAAUAAAAUGUAUUUGAGGCACCCUAACACACUUGAUCCCCUAGAGAAGGAAAUGGCAACCCACUCCAGUGUUCUUGCCUGGAUAAUUCCAUGUAUAGAGGAGCCUGGUGGGCUGUAGUCCAUCGGGUUACAAAGAGUUGGACACAACUUUUUGUUGUGUAGUGCGUGACUAACACGCACACACACAUACACACAACACACUUGUAUAGUGUGUAAGAUUAACAGGAACGAUGAGGAUGUGGGGGCAGGCAGAAGAAGAAUAGAAGAGAUUUAGUUGGAAGUAAGACUAGUACCCACUACAAGGUCUUAUAUCCUCUGUUAGACAUGGGCCAUGUUUUUCUCUGAGUUUUCCAGCAGGCAGUAAGAAAGGAAUGUGAUCUGGAACACAUUUCAUACCCAUUAUUCAAAAUCAGACAAUUUACUAAGAAGAAGCUGUUCCCAACACCAAGGACUGGGAGAAUUUCCUCCUUUGCACCCUCGUGGAUGUUAUCAGCUAGUGAAUCAGUCAUGUUCUCAGUAACGUCUCUCUAGUGCAGGUUUUACAAGGGGCAAGUUGUGACCCAUGGUGUGUAAUGAAAUCAAUUCAGUGGGUUGCUGUGGUAUAAUAAAAAAAAAAAGUGUUUGGUUUUUGUGCCUGGUUCCUGGCCCAGAACUCCUAAAACCCUUGGAAUUACUUGUGUGUCUUGUAUGCUAAUGAGAUGACGCCCAAUGGGGGUUGGGGGCCUUUGGGAGCUAGGGAGGGUGCUGUUUAUCAGAAAGAGCAAGCCCGUUGAGCGGGUUGGAACUUUCAGCCUCUCCCCUGGACUUCUGGGAAAGAGAGGCUGGAGACUGAGUUUAAUCACCAGUAGCCAAUGAUUUAGUCAAUUAUGCCCACGUAAUGAAGUAAUGAAACCUCCAUUAAACUGCUAAGUGAUGGGGAACUUGCAGGUUGGAGAACACACCAAGGGUCAGGGAGGGAGGCCUGCCUGGAGAGGGCGUGGAGGCUCCGCACCCUCCUCGGCCUGUGGAUCUCUUCCACCUGGCUUCCCUGAGCACUGUUCUUUACCGUAAACCCCAGUAGGGGCUUCCCUGGUGCUCCGGUGGUUAGGGUGCUCACUGCACGCCCUGAGGGGUUCGAUCCCUGGUUGAGGAACUAAGAUCCCAUAGGCCUUGCAUUGUGGCCAAACAAGCAAACAAAAAAACCCACAGUAAAUGUCAGUAAAAGGUUUUCCUGAAUUUUGUGCACCAUUCUAGUGAAUUGUUGAAGCUGAGAAAGGGGUUGUGGGAACCUCUGAUCUGUAGCUGGUUGGUCAGAAAUACAGGUAUCCUCCCCACCCCCCACCAACUUGCAACUGGUGUCUCAAGUGGGCCAGCCUUGUGGUACUGAGCCCAGAAUCUGUGGGAUCUCUGCUAACUCUGGGAGUUGGUGACAGAAUUGAAUUGAAUCGUUGGGCACCCAGUUGCUGUCAGAGAAUCAGAAUUGUAGAGUUUCAAACUUUAUUGUUUUUUGAAAAGUUAUGAGAAUUGCUGUGAUGGCACGGCAAGCCUUCAGGAUGGCGCUGAAGAAAGAUAAGAAGCCUAAGAAGUCAACCUGGAAGUUUAAUUUGGAUCUUACUCAUCCAGUAGAAGAUGGAAUUUUUGAUUCUGGAUAUUUUGAACAGUUAUUGUGGGAGAAAGUUGAAGUGAAUGGCAAGACUGGAAAUGCUGGGAAUGUCAUUCACAUUGAAUGCUUCAAGAAUAAAAUCAUAGUCGUUUUUGAGAAACAGUUCUCUAAAAGAUAUUUGAAGUGCCUUACCAAGGAAUACCUUAAAAAGAACAAUCUUCGUGAUUGGCUUUGUGUGGUUGCAUCAGACAAGGAGACUUAUGAGCUUCAUUACUUCCAGAUUAGUCAAGAUGAAGAUGAAUCUUGAGUCUGAAGGCUAGAGGAAACCAUCCUUUAUAGAGGUUUGCUUGCUAAUAAAACAAAUUAAGCAUACAAAAGAAACAUCUUGAAAUGGACCUUUAGCUUGUCAGUGAAUAAAAAACAGACUUUUUAACAAAUAACAGAACAGAAAAUAAAUAACAAAACAGAAAAUUUAUGAGAGUUGAAUAAACUAUAUUGGAGAAUAUCACAUGUAUGGCAGAGUCAUGGCAUAUGGGAUCUUAGUUUCCCAACCAGGGAUGGAACCUCCACCCCUAUAGUGGAAGUACAGAGUCUUUACUUCCAGCUUCCCCUGUGGCUCAGACAGUAGAAAGUCUGCCUGCAAUGCAGGAGACCCUGGUUCAAUUCCUGGGUCAGGAAGAUCCCCUGGAGAAGGAAAUGGCAACCCACUCCAGUAUUCUUGCCUGAAAAAAUCCCAUGGACAGAGGAGCCUGGCAGGCUACAGUCCAUGGGAUCCCAAAGAGUCAGAUACAACUGAGCCACUUAACCACUGGAGUGCCGUUCUGAGACUCGUUUUUUGGGGCAGGAGGUAUAUGUGUAUGUGUGUAGUGUACUGUGAUACAAAACUCAUUUCUUACUGGGUGAUCAUGUCCUUCUCCAAAAAAAUUCCCAAACCAGUGAUAUUCACCAAUUGAGCUUCCAAUAUCUCAUUGCCUGGCUGUGGAGUCCAGACUAUGCAUGAACGAAAACUUACUGGGCAGUGAAACGGCAAGUGCCAUCCUAUUUGCAGCCAGGUCAUGACUGCUCUUUCUUUUCUUUUUUAAAAAAUACGUAUUUAUUUGCCUGUGCUGGGUUUUAGUUGCAGCACACUGGAUCUUUGAUCUUUGUUGUGGCAUGCAGGUUCUUUUGUGGGAUCUAGUUCCCCGACCAGGGAUCAACCUGGGUCUCCUGUAUUGGGAGCGCAGUCUUAACCACUGGACCACUGGGGAAUUCCCUACGACUGCUCUUUCUGAGUGGGCGUAAGCUUGU